UCCCUCCCGCCCCUCCGGCGCCGAGCGCAAGGGGGCGCAGGUGCGGCAAGGCCCCGCCCAGAGCUGGCAGCCAGAGCCAAUGGGAGGCGUGGGCAGAGCGGCCCCGCCCCCAAGGGCGCUGUGGGCUCCGGCCCCAGGGGCGUGAGCGCCAUUUUGGCUGGUGCUGGGCAGCGUCGUGGGAGCGCUGGAGCAGAGGCUGUGGUGUGCGCGGGCAGCGCUGCGGGUGUGGAAGGCUUAAGGAGAGCCAUAAAGUCCUUGAAGUCUCUACAGAAGGAGUUGGAAGAGUUGCAGAAAGGUUUUAACAACUUCUGGGUGCUCUACUCUAGGUCCCUCUGCUGUGCCGUGCUGGUUGUGUGGCUGAGCCUGGGACCUUGUUGGGACCCUGGGGAGUCUGAGAGGGCAGAAAGGACUCUGAGAGAGGAGCACACCUGGCACCUGGUGACCCCCGACGUGAUUUCUCGGGACGAGGAAGAGUCUGGCAGCGGAUGGCAGGAGGAAGCAGGGCUCUGGCCUGCUGGUGAAGGGAGCCAGGCCUACAUUAGAGUGUAUCUUCUGUGGAGAAGCAGUGCUUCGUUCUUAAAGGGACAGAGUGCAUUUGUAAGAGCAGUGACCUCGUGCUCCACUAACAUGGCCUCAGAGAAGGACCUAGACAAGAGCUGGGAGGAGAAUCAGUGCCCAGAGAGUAAGAUGGAGCAGACCAAGUGCAGCCUGAAGAAUGAGGAGAAAGAUCUCAAGACAGAGAAUGACGAUGAGGGGAAUGAUGACUGUGAUGAUGUUGAGUAUGAGGAUGAUGUUCAGGGUGAAGAUGACCAUGAUGAGGAGGAGGAAUAUGAAGAAGAGAUUGAGUUGCUCUCAGCCCCCUCUAUGCCAGUCAAGCAGCUGCCUCAGUGUCCUGAGUGUGGGCAGAGCUUCAAAGGGCACUACAGGUUGAUUGAACACCGCCGAAGCCACACGGGCGAGAAGCCCUUCAGCUGUGCUGACUGUGAGAAGAGAUUCAUGAGGCGCUCAGACCUCAUUGUCCACCGCCGAACCCACACGGGCGAGAAGCCCUUCAGCUGUGCUGACUGUGACAUGAGAUUCACACAGCGCUCUACCCUCAUUAGACACCGCCGAAUCCACACGGGCGAGAAACCCUUCAGCUGUGCUGACUGUGACAUGAGAUUCACACAGCUCUCAAACCUCAUUGUCCACCGCCGUACCCACACGGGCGAGAGGCCCUUCAGCUGUUCUGAUUGUGACAUGAGAUUCACAGAGCGCUCCAGUCUCAUUAGACACCGCCGAAUCCACACGGGCGAGAAGCCCUUCAGCUGUGCUGACUGCAGCAAGAGUUUCACUCACAAGUCUGCCCUCACCCAGCACGGCAGUGUGCACACCACUGAGAAGUCCUUCAGCUGUGGGGACUGUGGAAAGACCUUCAAACGCAGCUCCACUCUCACCAUCCACCGCCGCAUGCACACCAGAGAGCACCUGUACCCCUGUGCAGAGUGCAGCAAGAGCUUCACCACGAGCUCAAAGCUCAUUAACCACCGCCGAAGCCACAGGGGCGGGAAGCCCUUCAGCUGUGCUGACUGUGACAAGAGAUUCACUCGGCGCUCAAGCCUCAUUAGACACCGCCGAAUCCACACGGGCGAGAAGCCCUUCAGCUGUGCUUACUGUGACAAGAGAUUCACACAGCGCUCGAGCCUCAUUAGACACCGCCGAAUCCACACGGGCGAGAAGCCCUUCAGCUGUGCUGACUGUGACAAGAGAUUCACACAGUGCUCGAGCCUCAUUGUCCACCGCCGAAGCCACACGGGCGAGAAGCCCUUCAGCUGUGCUGACUGUGACAAGAGAUUCACAUAUCGCUCAGAGCUCAUUGUCCACCGCCGAAUCCACACGGGUGAGAAGCCCUUCAGCUGUGCUGACUGUGACAAGAGAUUCAUGAGGCGCUCACACCUCAUUAGACACCGCCGAAUCCACACGGGCGAGAAGCCCUUCAGCUGUGCUGACUGUGACAAGAGAUUCACGGAGCACUCAUACCUCAUUGUCCACCGCCGAAUCCACACCAGAGAGAGACCUUUCAGCUGUGCUGACUGCUGCAAGAGUUUCAUUUGCAAGUAUGCCCUCACUCGGCACUGCAGUGUGCACAGCACUGAGAAGUCCUUCAGCUGUGGGGACUGUGGAAAGACCUUCAAAUGCAGCUCAAAUCUCACCAUCCACCGCCGCACCCACACCAGAGAGCACCUGUACCCCUGUGCAGAGUGUGGCAAAAGCUUCACUACGAGCUCAGAGUUCAUUCAGCACAGACUCAUCCACAGCAGUGAGAAACCCUACAGCUGCCGGGACUGUGGCAAGAGCUUCACCCACAGCUCUACCCUCGCCAAGCACCGUCGUGUCCACAGUGGUGAGAAGCCCUUCACCUGCUCUGACUGUGGCAAGAGCUUCACCCAGAACUCUACCCUCACCCAGCACCGUCGUGUCCACAGUGGUGAGAAGCCCUUCACCUGCUCUGACUGCUGCAAGAGCUUCACCCAGAGGUCUACCCUCACCAAGCACCGACGUGUCCACAGUGGUGAGAAGCCCUUCACCUGCUCUGACUGUGGCAAGAGCUUCACCCAGAACUCUACCCUCACCCAGCACCGUCGUGUCCACAGUGGUGAGAAGCCCUUCACCUGCUCUGACUGCGGCAAGAGCUUCACCCAGAGCUCUACCCUCACCAAGCACCGUCGUGUCCACAGUGGUGAGAAGCCCUUCACCUGCUCUGACUGUGGCAAGAGCUUCACCAGCAGAGGCAGUUUCACUUCCCACUGCUGCACCCACACUGGCGACCAACCCAUGCUACAGAACAAGCACAAAUAGACCCACGCAUGUCUGUUUGGGUAAUUGCGUGUCCCCCCCGUGAAGGCCUUUCCAGCAGAUUGAGCCAAAAUCUCCUCUUUUCCAGCUGCAUUUCUCAGCGGCUGGGGGCUCCAGCAGGAACAAACACCUCCUGCCCUGCUGUUGUGGGUUUUUAAAGAGAACUGACAGAGAUUAAACUCUCAAAUCAAACUGGAGACAAAAUACAGAAUUGUAUUUAGAGAGGGAGAAUACAGCAAUAGACAUUACAAAGCAAUUUCCCCAUCCAUGGCAAACCCCCUUGAAGUUUUACCCAUCCCAAAAAAAUCCUAAAUCUA